CUCCACGUUAGCGGUAACAGGCCGGUCAUGUGACCAGAGCUUGAUCACGUGAGAAUAUGAGUCAGCAGCAUGGAAGUUGUCAUGUCUGAAAACGGCAUCUGAUGCACAUAAACAUUGCCUCGAGUGGGUUUUUAAAGCUGGCUCGCUAGCUAGUCAGCUAGCUGUGUCCCGUUCCGUAUAGUGGUGUGUUGUGCUGCAUCUUAAUAUCGAGGAUUAAGUGUAAAGCGAUGGAGUGGCUGGUCGGCGAGGGUUCCGUGUUUCCCGAGGAGGACGUGAGUCGUGGCGCCCGGAGCUCCGCACCGCUGUAUCAGCAGCCGAGCGCGGAGAGCAUGGCCUCGCUGUGCCAGAGCCAGCAGCAGUGCGUGAAGGCCUCCAUCGUGUCCGGCUGGCAGCUGGCGGAGGCGCAGGACCAGCUGUGCGGCCUGGAGCUGCACGGCUCCGAGUCGGCCGAGCAGGAGCACGCCCGCGCCCAGGCCGGCUCCGCCGAGCUUUUCCAGACGGAGCGCGAGUGGCGCCAUAAGGAGAGCAUGCUGGGGGGCGGCGACCUCAACCGGAGCACAGUGCUGGGCCCGGACUGCAGCCGGGACGUUUUCAACAAGAGUAUUAUUAAUGUUCAGAGUAGGACUGUGGAGGUGGAAAAUGACAGGAGUAAAACCUUCGUUCAGAAGUACGAACAGCAGCUUAGACACUUCGGAAUGCUGAGAAGGUGGGACGACAGCCAGCACUUCCUCUCAGAUCACUCCCACAUCAUCUGCGAGGAGACGGCCAACUUCCUGAUCCUGUGGUGCUUCCGGCUACAGGCCGAGGAGAAAGAGGCCCUGAUGGAGCAGGUGGCUCACCAGGCGGUCGUCAUGCAGUUCAUCCUGGAAAUGGCCCACACCUCUCACAGGGACCCCCGCGGCUGUUUCCGGCAGUUCUUCCAGAAGGCCAAGGCAGGGCAGGAGGGCUAUUUGGAUGUCUUCCAGAAAGAGCUAGAAGCCUUCAAGCAGCGGGUGAAGGAGUACAGACUGAAGAGCAAAGGGGAGCCGCAGAAGGACGUGGAGCCGCAGAGAGCCCCCGGCUGCUGCCGUUUGGACCCCAAAGAAGUCAUGGAAUCGCUGCCCCCGGACCUAAAGGCAGGUCUGCAGAUGCAGGAUAUGCAGACUCUACAGAAUGUCCUUCGCAGCAUGAAUCCACAGGUGGCAGAAUAUCACGUAAAACGCUGUUUGGAGGCCGGACUGUGGAACCAUGCGAUGAGGGGAGGGAAAGAGGAGGCCAGUGACGCGGAGGAGCCCCGGACAAUGGAGAUCUCAUAGAAGCGAGGGGGCCUGAGUUAGGGGGGGGGGGGGGGGGGGAUGGAAAUGAAAGGGCUGAGACCCAAACAGAGAUUAUUUUUGUAUGCAGAAUCUGCGUUUGAAUGUGUGCUGCACUUUAUAUAUGUUCGGAAAGAAUAAAAACAACUCUUUCAGAGUACUUAUUGUUUUAUUUUCCUGUGUUUUGGUUUUGUUGGCUUUUUUUUUUGGGCUUAUUGGAACAGAACGAGCCCUGGAGUUUUACAAUCGGCCCUUUCAGUAGUGCUGCGAUAAUGACCAGUGAUUCCAAAUUCUGUAUCAGCUAUAGCAUUAGCAACUGAAGAAUUUAGGAGAUUAGAAAUUCUAUUGCUUUUUGUUUUGUUUUUUUUUUAUUAUUUUUGUUUGCUUUUUUUAAACUGGGAUAAUUUUAAUUUUUAAAUUUGUUUUUGGUAGUUCAGUUUUAAAGAGGCUCUUGCUGGUGGGCCCGGGAAUCCCUUGUGUAUGUGAUAUGUCAGGUGAAAUUCUCUAUCGGAGGAAUUGCUUCUACUCCAGUAAGGAUUGCAGCUCCUCUUGAUUGACCAUUUAGAUCAGAGUGGUUUAGACUUGCAUCUGUCUGAGGCUAAUUUAAAAAAAAAAAAAAAAGAUUAAAGUGCGGACAGCCUUGUGGAGUACUUAGUGUUGUGCAUUGCAUUGCUAUGCUGACUCGAAACCUAUGCAAACUUCUCAUGCGCAACGACUUGUAGUUCUGACGUUUCUACUGCCCUUUUUCUUGCGCCAUCCUGUCAUACCUGGGGGGAGGGGCAGUAGAGCUCGUGGUUACCAUGACGACAGGACAAAAGUGGCAGCGUGUUGCAUUCUGAUGUGCUGUAUGGUUGCUGCACAAAAAAAAAGCUUUGUGAUGAAGCAAACUGCAUGCUGAUACUGACCAAUAAAACCACAUUUUUAGUAACAAUGUA